CCCUCCUUGCCCUGAGGGUCUGCCACCAUGCAGACAUCAAAGGUGCCCAUGGCGUGCUCACCAGGGCCCUGGUAAAGCGAGCUCACAGUGACACCGACCCGUCGACCCAUUGAGACCCCAAGCGCGUGCUUCGGAUGGACGCUUCGUCGAGGGCCCGCAAGGUACCUGUCACGCUGCUCACGGGCUUUUUGGGCGCCGGCAAAACCGCCCGGCUCAAUGCGACGCUGAAAGAAGGCAAGAGCCGUAUCGCCGUUAUCGAGAAUGAGAUCGGCGCUCUCGGAGUGGACGGUGCCUUGGUGGCGAAUUCUCACGCCGAGGCAGAUGGCGUGAUCGAACUUGCCAAUGGCUGCCUGUGCUGCUCUGCAGAGGUCGACCUCAUCGCGGCCUUUGAGGCUUUGGUGCGACGUCACCACCUUCGGCCUUUAGAUCGCAUUGUGGUGGAAACCACCGGCUUGGCCGACCUCGGGCCUGUCAUCUCCAUUUUAGAGGAUUCCACAGAUCCACUUUCAGAGGACUUGUACCUCGAUGGUGUCGUGACGGUGGUGGACGUGUGCAGCUUCCAGCGCUGGGCUUCAGGAGGAGAGGCUCCCGUGCCGGCAUGGGCCAGUGGCUUUGGCACCGCCCAAGCUGAAGCCCAGGGGGCAGCACCUGGGCGCUUAGCCGCCUUGCGUAGCUUCUGGCGCCAGGUCGCCUUCGCAGAUCAGAUCCUUCUCAGCAAGGAAGAUCUUGCUCCGGAGGCAGACGUGGUUGCACAGCUCAGAGCGGCCAACCCACUCGCAGAGAUCCUAUCUGCGGCUGCUGCGGCCCCGUUGCCCCCGCCCCGGAAUGCUCGCCGCCUGCCAGAAGGUCUCGAGCUGCGACCUCCCGGGGCCCACCUGGACGGCGUUACGUGCAUCACCUUGCAGAUGCCAAUUGGGUCCUUGGCGCUCGAGGAGCGACUGGCCCGCCUUUGCAGGCAGUUGCUCACUGAGGUGUCGGAUUUGAGCGGAGAGGUCUGGCGCAUCAAGGGCAUAGUUUCCAUUCAAGGCCGCGGCCUGUGCCUCCUUCAGGGAGCCGGGGAUCAGGUCUCCAUUGAGCCCUGGUCGGACUCCGUGAAGGCGCCAUUCCUGGUCUUCAUCGGUACGGAGCUGAAGCGCGAAGCUCUGGAGGCGUUACUAGCAACCGCGUGCUCGCACGCGAUGCCUGUGGAAGCCUAGGCGAAAGAGAACGUCGCACUCGCCCAGCUUUGGGA